GCCUGUGUAGAGAGAGAGAGAAGAAGAAGAAGAAGAAGACGACGAAGUCAAUAGAGAGAGAGAGAGAAAGAAUGGCGGAGGAGACGAUGGAGAACGAAGAGAGGGUGAAGCUGUUCGUCGGACAAGUUCCGAAGCAUAUGACGGAGGCUCAACUUCUCACAUUGUUUCGGGAAUUCUCCAUCGUUGAUGAAGUCAACAUCAUUAAGGAGAAGACUACUCAAGCUUCCCGAGGAUGCUGUUUUCUGACAUGUCCUUCAAGGGAAGAAGCAGACAAGGUGGUCAAUGGUUUUCAUAACAAGAAGACAUUGCCUGGGGCUUCUAGCCCGUUACAAGUCAAAUAUGCAGAUGGAGAGUUGGAAAGACUAGAGCACAAACUUUUUGUCGGUAUGCUACCAAAGAAUGUAUCUGAAGCUGAAGUCCUACCCUUAUUCUCUGUAUACGGAACCAUUAAGGAUCUACAGAUUCUAAGAGGGUCUAUACAAACUAGCAAGGGAUGUCUGUUUCUGAAGUAUGAGUCUAAACAACAAGCGGUCGCAGCUAUGGAAGCCCUCAACGGAAGACAUAUAAUGGAGGGUACAAAUGUUCCUUUGAUUGUCAAAUGGGCAGACACAGAAAGGGAAAGACAAUCACGAAGACUUCAAAGAGUUCAAUCUCAUAUCUCCAGACUGGAUCCGCAAAACCCCUCCAUGUUUGGAGCAUUACCUAUGAGUUAUGUUCCUCCUUACAAUGGAUACGGCUAUCAUGUACCUGGAACUUAUGGGUACAUGCUACCACCUAUCCAGAGUCAACAUGCAUUUCACAAUGUAAUUUCACCGAACCAAAGUAACGGAGGAAACGCAUUGCAGGGAACCGCUUUGACCGAGUCUGUCCCACCACGUUUAGCCCCCCGUAGAAACUUCCCAACGGCUCUUGGGAACUAUGGUUACAAUGGUCUACAGUAUCCUAUGGCAUUUCCUAGAGGGAUGAUAUCUCCUCGCCUUCCUCUAACCACAGUUUCACCUGGAUUUUCUAAGUACGGCACAUCAAUACCUUCCUCGCUACAAACUGAAGGACCAGCAGGUGCAAAUCUAUUUAUUUAUAACAUACCUCGAGAAUUCGGGGACCAAGAGCUCGCGGUUGCGUUUCAAUCUUUCGGUAAGGUUAUAAGCGCCAAGGUGUUUGUAGACAAGGUCACUGGUAUAAGCAAAUGUUUCGGAUUCAUUAGUUAUGACUCACAAGAGGCUGCUCAGAACGCUAUUAACACAAUGAACGGUCGCCAAUUAAGCGGUAAGAAAUUGAAAGUCCAGCUUAAGAGAGAGCAGCAGCAGCAACAACAAAGUAACAAACCGUUAUUAAACGGUUUAUUAAACUCGUAAAAAAACCACUGACCUCUCUUCAUCGUUAAGAGUUUGCGGAGCGGUUAACGGCAAAUCAAUCCGGUUUAGACAUUAAGAUGGAUCCUAAUGGGGGUGGUGGAUUGUUGGCCGUUAUUAACAUUUGACAACAAGUCUUAUAUGGUUCAGGAAUUAUUCUCCGAUCACUCAGAAAAGCUGUAUCUUCCUGCAAAAGGAUUCUCCUCCACGCUCACUUUUUUUAUUUUCUCUAAAAUUUGCUUCAUUACAAUUUGUAAUUUAUGUAUCAUUGAAAAUUCCAUGUAUAAAAUGUUAAGACUAUUAACCAUUUAAAAUUCAUUUAUUUAAACAGAAAUAUUUGAAUUAAGUAAAAGUUUAGAGGGAU